AUGUCUGAGGAUCUGAGUGACAUUGUUGUGCCUCUUGGAAUAAGUGAGAGAAUCUUAGGUGAAGUUGGGGAAGUGAGACAGAAGAAAACUGCCUCCCAUGUCGUGAUGGAGCUGGAGAGCACCAGGGAUUGCAGCCAGGCUGGGAAGCCUUUCUUCUGCCCUUCCCAUCCCUCAGAGGAGCUAUGGCUGUUCUGCGAGCAGUGUGACCAGCCCGUGUGCCAGGAUUGCAUUGCAGAAAGGCACCAGCAGCACUCCUAUGACUUCACCAGCAAUGCUGUGCACCAGCAUAGGGACUCCCUGCGGAAGCUGCUGAGAAGCACCCAGGAGCACAUGAGCACAUUAGAAGAUGUGCUGGGCCGGACUGAUGGUGUGGGCAGUGCCAUCCGUGCUCGUGCAGAGGCCGUGGCCACGGAGAUCAGUCUGUUUGCCAGAGGAUAUGUGAAAGCGAUUGAAGAGCACCGGGACCGGCUGCUGAAGCAGCUGGAGGACCUGAAGGUGCAGAAGGAAAACCUGCUGCACUUGCAGAAAGCCCAGCUGCAGCAGCUCUUACUGGACAUGAGGACAGGCGUGGAAUUCACAGAGCGCUUGCUGACAAGUGGCUCAGACCUGGGAAUCCUCGUCACCAAAGGGGUGGUGGCAAGCCGGCUGGCAAAGCUGAACAGUGCUGCUUACAGCACCCACCCCAGAGAGGAUGACAACAUUCAGUUCUCUCCCCAGGAGAGGGCAGGGCAAUGUCAAGGCUAUGAGGUUUUUGGGGCCGUUAUCUGCAAAGCUGUUGAUCCAGCCAAAUGUACCCUGCAUGGGGAAGAUCUCUGGAGUACCCAUCAGAAUGAGCUGACGGGCUUUACCCUGCUCUGCAAUGACACCACGGGGGAGCAGAUGGGGAGAGGAGGAGAAGCUGUGAUGGUCACCAUCACCCACAAGGACAAGAAGGACUGUGCAGUCAAACCAACAGUGUGUGAUAAUGGUGAUGGGACCUACCAUAUUUCCUACAGCCCUGAGGAGCCAGGCUUGUAUGCUGUCUGCGUCUAUGUGAAAGGGCAGCAUGUACAGGGCUCUCCAUUCAUUGUGAUGGUGAAAAGCAAGUUCCGCAAGCACCAAGGCAUGUUCCACUGCUGCACAUUUUGCUCAAGUGGAGGGCAGAAAGCCGCUCGCUGUGCCUGUGGAGGGACUAUGCCAGGUGGGUUCCAAGGUUGUGGCCAUGGACACAAAGGUCACCCUGGAUGUCCCCAUUGGUCAUGCUGUGGACAAGUCAAAAUGAGCUCAGAAUGUCUGAGUGGGUUGCCCAGUGACAGAUCACAGAGGAGUUUGCUCAGGACAGUGGAACUCUGAGCAGCCAGUUGAGCCUCCGUGAGUUCAUGGUCCUCCUACUGGCUGCUGAAUGAGCACAUGGCACAAGGAUCCCCACAGCUACUGAAGAGCCACGUUGCCAGAAAACAACACAGUGAUGGGUAUGAACUGAGAAAGGAGGGUGAGGGAAAAUAAAACUGUGCCUUAUAUUCUA